UCCCUCAUGCCUGUGCUGUGCCCGUAGGCAUCCCUGAGGCUGAGCAGCUGGAGCUAUUCAGCACCCUGGCUGCCAUCCUGCACCUGGGCAACAUCGUGGUGAGAGGGAGGGACCGCCGGUCUGUCCCUUUGCAGCCUGCUGACCAGGCCCUGGGGCUGUUCUGCGCCCUGCUGGGUGUUGAGGCAUCGCAGGUGGCGCGCUGGCUCUGCCACCGCAAGUUGGUCACUGCUGGGGAGACCUACCUGAAGCCCCUCUCCAGGCAGCAGGCGCUUGACUCCCGGGAUGCCCUGGCCAAGUAUAUGUACGGGCAGGUCUUCAGGUGGAUGGUGAGCAGGGUCAACCGUGCUCUGAGGUCAGCGGAGGGCCACCGUACCUCCAUUGGCAUCCUGGACAUUUACGGGUUUGAGAUGUUUGAGCUCAACAGCUUUGAGCAGUUCUGCAUCAACUAUGCCAAUGAGAAGCUGCAGCAGCUCUUCAACCUGCACGUCUUCAAGCUGGAGCAGGAGGAGUAUGUGACCGAGGAGAUCCCUUGGGUCUUUGUUGACUUCUGUGACAACCAGCCAUGCAUUGAGCUCAUCGAGGGCCGGCUUGGCAUCCUGGACCUACUGAAUGAGGAGUGCAAGAUGCCCCAAGGCAAUGAUGGGAGCUGGGCCCAGAAGCUUUACCAGACCCACCUCAGCAGCUCUCACUUCCAGAAGCCCAAGAGGCCUGCUAAUGCCAGUGCUUGCCUUGUCUCCUGCCAGGUGGAAUACCAGUGCGAUGGCUUUGUGGAGAAGAACAGGGAUGCUGUCCCUGAGGAGCUGGUGGGGCUGCUGAGAGCCAGCAAGUCUGCCCUGCUCGCUGAGCUCUUCCUGGAGGAAGGGGAUGGCCGCAGGUCCAGCGGGCCCAGGGUGGCUGGUCGCCUCAGCCGCAGAUCGCUGCCCAGUGGCCAAAAGAGCAAGAAGUCCAUCUCGAGCCAGUUCAAAGCCUCCCUGAAGCGGCUGAUGGAGGUGCUGAGCAGCACCACACCGCACUACAUCCGCUGCAUCAAACCCAACGAUGACAAGCAGCCCUUUGUGUUUGACUCCAGGCGAGCAGUGGAGCAGCUACGAGCAUGCGGGGUCCUGGAGACCAUCCGAAUCAGUGCUUCAGGCUACCCCUCCAGGUGGACAUACCAGGAGUUCUUAGAGAGGUACAGGGCUCUGGUGAGCAGAGAGGAGCUGAUGGUCACCGAUGAGAAGCAGAUCUGCAGCCUGGCCCUUGAGAGACUGCUCCAAGACUCCAGCAACUACAAGUGUGGGAAGAGCAAGGUGUUUUUCCGGGCUGGCCAAGUGGCUCACCUGGAGGAGCUGCG